ACAUUAAAAGUUCAGUUGUUGGAAAAAAGUAUUAUUCGGCCAGGUUUUGAAAAAAUUCUCGGUGAAGGAUUUGUACCAUUGUCUGCAGGAGCGGCAAAACGUAUGAGGAAGAUUGAACGAGAGCGAACAAAAGGUGUUAGUUGGUUUAAUAUGCCUGCUACUGAAUUAACCGAAGAACGUCGACGUGAUUUGGAAUUAUUGCAAAUGAGAGAUACAAUCGAUGAAAAAGCGAGGUACAGGAAAAGUGAUCAUUCAACGUUGCCAAAAUUUUUUCAGGUUGGAACUAUUAUUGAAUCAAAAGCUGAUUUCUAUUCUUCGCGUAUUCCAAAGAAAGCUCGUAAACGAACGAUAGCAGAAGAAUUAUUGGCUGAUAUUGAAUUCCAAGCUAGGCAAAAAAAGAAAUUCAACGAAAUAAAAUCGUUAGAAGCUAUUAAAAAGAAAGGCUCUUUUAGGCAUUCCUGGUAUCCGAAAAAGAAGAGGAUGAGGCGUAAAAAUAUAUGA